AUGCAAGAGGCUAAAAGGAAUUAAAUUUGCAGGAUGAAAACAUGGCACAGGCACUGCUGGUACCGCCAGGACCUGAAAGCUUCCGCUAUUUUACUAGAGAUUCUCUCGCAGCUAUUGAAAAACGUUCUGCAGAAGAAAAAGCUAAAAAGCCCAAGCAAGAACAUACUGAUGAUGAUGAUGAAAAUGGUCCAAAACCGAACAGUGACUUGGAGGCAGGAAAGACACUGCCAUUUAUUUAUGGUGACAUACCUCCAGGAAUGGUUUCUGAACCUUUGGAAGACCUGGACCCAUAUUAUAUCAAUAAAAAAACUUUCAUAGUAUUGAAUAAGGGAAAGGCAAUUUUCCGAUUCAGUGCCACAUCUGCCUUGUAUAUUUUAACUCCUUUUAAUCCCAUCAGAAAAAUUGCUAUCAAGAUUUUGGUACAUUCAUUAUUCAGCAUGCUUAUCAUGUGCACUAUUUUGACCAACUGUGUAUUUAUGACCAUGAGUAACCCUCCUGACUGGACAAAGAAUGUAGAGUACACUUUUACUGGAAUUUAUACCUUUGAAUCACUGAUAAAAAUUCUUGCAAGGGGCUUCUGCUUAGAAGGUUUUACUUUUCUGCGAGACCCAUGGAACUGGCUUGACUUCAGUGUCAUUCUAAUGGCAUAUGUGACAGAGUUUGUGGACCUGGGCAAUGUCUCAGCGCUGAGAACAUUCAGAGUUCUCCGAGCUUUGAAAACAAUAUCAGUCAUUCCAGGCCUAAAGACUAUUGUAGGAGCCCUAAUUCAGUCCGUGAAGAAGCUCUCGGAUGUUAUGAUCCUGACUGUCUUUUGUCUGAGUGUAUUUGCACUAAUAGGGCUGCAGCUGUUCAUGGGCAACUUGAGGAAUAAAUGUCUGCAGUGGCCUCCAGACAAUUCUACUUUUGAAAUAAAUGUUAUUUCCUACUUUAAUAGCACAAUGGAUGAAAAUGGUACAUUUAUUAAUACAACUGUGAGCACAUUUAACUGGAAGGAUUACAUUGAGGAUGAAACUCAUUUCUACAUUUUGGAAGGACAAAGAGAUGCCCUACUUUGUGGUAAUAGCUCUGAUGCAGGGCAGUGUCCAGAGGGAUAUAUAUGUGUGAAAGCUGGUAGAAAUCCCAACUAUGGUUACACAAGUUUUGACACUUUCAGUUGGGCUUUUCUGUCACUCUUUCGGCUAAUGACUCAGGACUUCUGGGAAAACCUGUAUCAACUGACACUACGUGCUGCUGGGAAAACAUACAUGAUAUUUUUUGUUCUGGUGAUUUUUCUGGGCUCAUUCUAUCUGAUCAACUUGAUCCUGGCUGUGGUUGCCAUGGCCUAUGAGGAGCAGAACCAAGCAACUAUGGAAGAAGCAGAGCAGAAAGAGGCAGAAUUUCAACAGAUGCUGGAACAGCUAAAGAAGCAGCAAGAAGAAGCACAGGCUACGGCAGCAGUGGCAGCAGCAUCAGUUGCAUCAAGAGAUUUCAGUGGGGUAGGGGGAUUAGGAGAACUCUUGGAAAGUUCUUCAGAAGCAUCAAAGUUGAGCUCAAAGAGUGCUAAAGAAAGAAGAAACAGAAGGAAGAGAAGACGACAAAAAGAAAUGUCGGAAGCAGAGGACAAGGGAGAUAUUGACAAGUUUCCCAAAUCUGAGUCAGAAGAUAGCAUCAGAAGAAAAAGUUUCCGCUUCUCCACAGAAGGAAGUCAACUGACAUAUGAAAAAAGGUUCACAUCUCCCCAUCAGUCUUUGCUAAGCAUCCGUGGUUCCCUGUUCUCACCAAGGCGCAACAGCAAAACAAGCAUUUUCAGUUUCAGAGGUCGCACGAGGGAUAUAGGAUCUGAAAAUGACUUUGCUGAUGAUGAGCACAGCACUCUUGAGGACAAUGAAAGCAGAAGAGACUCUCUCUUUGUUCCCAAUCGACAUGGAGAAAGGCGUAACAGUAACAUCAGUCAGGCCAGUAUGUCAUCCAGAAUGGUACCAGCCCUUCCGGCCAAUGGGAAGAUGCACAGCGCUGUAGACUGCAAUGGAGUAGUCUCCUUAGUUGGAGGACCUUCAACUCUAACUUCACCUACUGGACAGCUUCUACCAGAGGGCACCACUACUGAAACAGAAAUAAGAAAAAGAAGACUGAGUUCUUAUCAGAUUUCCAUGGAAAUGCUGGAAGAUUCUGCUGCAAGACAACGAGCAAUGAGUAUAGCCAGCAUACUUACAAACACAAUGGAAGAGCUUGAGGAAUCCAGACAGAAAUGUCCCCCAUGCUGGUAUAGAUUUGCAAAUACUUUCUUGAUCUGGGAUUGCUGGAGUCCAUGGUUAAAAGUAAAACACAUUGUCAAUUUAGUAGUGAUGGAUCCAUUUGUUGAUCUUGCUAUAACUAUCUGCAUUGUUUUGAACACCUUGUUUAUGGCCAUGGAACAUUACCCAAUGACAGAACAAUUUAGCAGUGUCCUUUCUGUGGGAAACCUGGUAUUCACUGGGAUAUUCACAGCAGAAAUGGUACUAAAGAUAAUUGCUAUGGACCCUUAUUAUUAUUUCCAAGAAGGCUGGAAUAUUUUUGAUGGUAUUAUCGUUAGCCUUAGUUUAAUGGAGCUUGGUCUCGCAAAUGUUGAAGGAUUAUCAGUUCUUCGGUCAUUCAGAUUGCUUCGAGUUUUUAAACUGGCAAAAUCUUGGCCAACUCUAAAUAUGCUGAUUAAGAUUAUUGGCAACUCAGUGGGGGCUUUGGGCAAUUUGACCCUGGUGCUGGCCAUCAUUGUGUUCAUUUUUGCUGUGGUUGGGAUGCAGCUGUUUGGGAAAAGCUACAAGGAAUGUGUCUGCAAGAUCUCCAGUGACUGUGUGCUUCCACGCUGGCACAUGCAUGACUUCUUCCACUCCUUCUUGAUUGUAUUCCGAGUGCUGUGUGGAGAAUGGAUAGAAACGAUGUGGGACUGCAUGGAGGUUGCAGGCCAAACCAUGUGCCUUAUUGUUUUCAUGCUGGUCAUGGUGAUUGGAAAUCUAGUGGUUCUGAACCUGUUUCUGGCCUUGCUUCUGAGCUCGUUUAGCUCAGACAAUCUUGCUGCUACAGAUGAUGAUAAUGAAAUGAACAAUCUCCAGAUCGCUGUGGCAAGAAUUCAGAAGGGAAUAGAUUAUAUUAAAAAAAAGAUACAGGAAUUCAUACAAAAAGCCUUCGUUAGAAAACAGAAAGCUUUAGAAGAAAUCAAAGCACUUGAAGAGCUAAACAACAAGAAAGACAGCUGCAUUUCCAAUCAUACUGCUGUUGAAAUAAGCAAAGAUAUGAAUUAUCUUAAAGAUGGGAAUGGAACUACCAGUGGUGUAGGCACAGGCAGCAGUGUGGAAAAAUAUGUUGUUGAUGAAAGUGAUUACAUGUCCUUCAUAAACAACCCAGGCCUCACUGUGACAGUACCAAUUGCUGUUGGAGAAUCUGACUUUGAAAAUUUAAAUACAGAAGAAUUUAGCAGUGAAUCUGAUAUGGAAGAAAGCAAACAGAAACUAAAUGCAUCCAGUUCAUCUGAAGGCAGCACAGUUGAUAUUGCCCCUCCUGGAGAGGGAGAGCAAGCAGAAAUUGAAACUGAAGAAGCUCUUGAACCAGAAGCCUGUUUUACAGAAGGUUGUGUGCAGAAAUUUCCAUGUUGCCAAGUAAGUAUAGAAGAUGGCAAAGGAAAAAUCUGGUGGAAUCUUAGAAAAACCUGCUACAGCAUAGUUGAGCACAACUGGUUUGAGACUUUCAUUGUCUUCAUGAUUCUCCUCAGCAGUGGAGCACUAGCUUUUGAAGAUAUAUAUAUUGAGCAGCGUAAAACUAUCAAGACCAUGCUGGAAUAUGCUGAUAAAGUUUUUACAUACAUUUUCAUUUUGGAAAUGCUUUUAAAAUGGGUAGCAUAUGGCUUUCAAAUAUAUUUUACUAACGCCUGGUGCUGGUUGGACUUUCUGAUUGUUGAUGUCUCAUUGGUUAGUUUAAUAGCCAAUGCUUUGGGCUAUUCUGAACUUGGUGCCAUUAAAUCGCUUCGGACAUUAAGAGCUUUAAGACCUUUAAGAGCCUUGUCACGAUUUGAAGGAAUGAGGGUGGUUGUAAAUGCCCUUGUAGGAGCAAUUCCAUCUAUCAUGAAUGUAUUGCUGGUUUGUCUUAUAUUCUGGCUCAUCUUCAGCAUCAUGGGAGUAAAUCUGUUUGCUGGAAAAUUCUAUCACUGUGUCAACACCACAACAGGCGAGAUGUUUGAUGUCAGUGAUGUCAACAAUUACACUCAGUGUGAAGAACUCAUAAAAAACAAUCAAAGUGCCCGCUGGAAAAAUGUAAAAGUAAACUUUGAUAAUGUAGGAGCUGGGUAUCUUGCUCUGCUUCAAGUAGCUACUUUCAAGGGAUGGAUGGACAUUAUGUAUGCUGCAGUUGAUUCAAGAGAUGUAGAAGAUCAACCUAAGUAUGAGGACAACCUGUACAUGUAUCUUUAUUUUGUCAUCUUCAUCAUAUUUGGAUCAUUCUUUACAUUGAACCUUUUCAUUGGUGUCAUUAUAGACAACUUCAACCAACAAAAAAAGAAGUUUGGAGGUCAGGAUAUAUUUAUGACAGAAGAACAGAAGAAAUAUUACAAUGCAAUGAAAAAACUGGGAUCCAAAAAACCACAGAAACCUAUACCAAGGCCAGUGAACAAAUUCCAAGGCAUGGUCUUUGAUUUUGUCACCAAACAAGUAUUUGACAUCAGCAUCAUGAUACUUAUUUGCCUUAACAUGGUCACAAUGAUGGUAGAAACAGAUGACCAGAGUAAGGAAAUGGAAACAAUUUUGUCCCGGAUUAACCUUGUGUUCAUUGUCCUUUUCACUGGAGAAUUUGUCCUCAAAUUGAUUUCACUUCGCCAUUACUACUUCACUAUAGGCUGGAAUAUUUUUGAUUUCGUGGUUGUGAUUCUCUCCAUAGUAGGUAUGUUCUUAGCUGAGAUGAUUGAGAAAUAUUUUGUGUCCCCUACUUUGUUCCGAGUCAUCCGACUUAAACGGAAACAGGAGGAGGUAUCUGCUCUCAUUAUUCAACGUGCUUAUAGGCGUUACCUUUUAAAGCUAAAGGUUAAAAAAGUAUCUAGUAUAUAUAACAAAAAUAAAAACAAAGAAGGAGAUGGACUUGUUAUAAAAGAGACAAUUAUUGAUAAACUUAAUGGGAACUCCACCCCAGAGAAAACAGAUGAGAGCUCCUCUACAACUUCCCCACCAUCGUAUGACAGUGUAACAAAGCCAGAUAAAGAAAAGUACGAGAAAGACAAAGCAGAAAAGAACUACAAAGGUAAAGAUGUCAGGGAAAAUAAAAAGUAAAAAUGUAAGAAUUCUGCUUGUGGGACAGCUUGUUUACAGUCUUUGAGAAUGAAGCGUCAACUGGACUCCUGCGGGAGGUUUAUGCCAAACUGACAGUUUUUACAUAUAUGUGUGUGUGCGCGCGUGUGUGCAUAUAUAUACAUUAUAUAUAUAUUUAAGGUCAGUGCCUAUAACAAAACAGUAAACCUUCAUCAUCAAACUGUGACUCUGUGAACCAGAGUAACAAACCUGACAAGAGGUUACUGUUUUCACUACAGCUGACACUGCUAAGAAUGAGGGAUAAAGUGGCUCCACAGAGAACAGGGAGCUUGAAAUACGUGCAAAGCUAUAGUUUUUUGUGUUUCACAUAUUGCAAAACAUGUAGAACAGUACUUCUAUUCACUGUUUGUAAUUCAAUGGCUACAUCUGUCAUAUUUUUACAAAACUGGUAUUAGUGUAUCAUUUU